CCCCGGCACCGAGAGUCAUGGGGAGAGCUCCCAGAAUGGGGCUUCUCCUCCGCCUGUCCCUGCUCUCUCUUGUGUUCAGCUCAGCCGCGGCGCAUCGGGCUGAAGCUCUCAGCGAACGGGGUCACACCCUUGCGCCCGCCAGAGACAGCCACGCCAGAACGAUCAACCCAGAAUCUUCCCAGACCACUGAGAAAUCACAGAGCACAGUGAGAACGACUGCACAGAUCCACAGCAGGAAUGCCAGCACCCGCCACAGGACUUCAUCCUUACUGAAUGACGUGGUCUCACUGAGCCUGGUUAUCAUCUGUUCCGUGAGUGGCCUCUUCGGGCUGGGAGUCGCAGGUUUGUGCUGGUACAGGCUGCAGGAGGUGAGACAGGCUGAGAAGGCAGCCUAUGAUGGGAACAAGAAGCCUCAGAUCCAGGCUGUAGAUUGGAAGAUGGUUGCGAAGCUCCAGAAACACCAGUACCUGCACCAGAAGAAAGCUCUGCAGGCCAUGGAGGAGGGCAGGCCCGAGGUCCAUGAGAAGCAGAUAUCUACAGACUUGGAGACGGAGAGCGAAAACGGAGAGUACACGGUGUACGAGUGCCCUGGUCUGGCCCAGGCAGGCGAGAUGGAAAUCUACAACCCGUUGUUCAACACCUCUGUCCUCGGAGCCGGACCAUCCAAACAGGAGCACUAGGAGCUCACCACCUGCCAAACCCACCCUGAGCUUAAAGAGACCGAGAACCUUCUCUGCUUCCACCUGAGAUGGGCGGCCCAGCGUUGUCCCCUGAUGGUGAAUUCACUUCAGUGUCUCCUCCUCAACUCUCUACCUCCCCCCUGCACCUCGAUAUGAAAAACCCCCUUCCCCUCACCUGCGCAGAGGAGGGGCUGAGGGGUUCGACUUCCUCCAGAAUUCUCCCAGAGUAACACUGGGACCCUCACCGCCCUGGAGCAUUGAGUGCACUGCUCAGAUGGGAUAAGCUCCAGGCAUGGGGCUGAGACCACAGACCAACCACCAGCCGAGGUGAGGUACCUUCGCCCGACUCAUGUGCAGCCCCCAACAAACGCUGGCGCCAGCCCCCCACCCUGAGACAUCUCCUUGUGUCGCUAUGCCUGCUUUGCUUUGGGGAGAGAGAUGCAGGAAGAAAGUUCAAAUCAACCACCUCCUAAUAUGGCCAGCAAGCAGCCUGACAGUCACUCCUGGUUCACUCCUCCUCUGAAGCAUCAGCAGAUCCUCCAAGUGCUCCAGCCCUGGUCAGAACGUUAACUCCAAUCGCCCACAAACAAAGUAACUCUCGCCUUCACGGUGCUUCCCGUCAGUUCCACGAUUUCCAAUUCUCUGGUCCCAGCCCCUUCACCCUGGAGGUGCAAUCUGUCUACGCGUUCAUCCCUCAUCAGGGAGGGCCUGAAGGCUUUCGGGUUCUUCCUUGGAAAGAGGCCCAUCCCGCCCCUCUGUUGCCUGGCUAAGGUAGUUCUUACAGCUCCUCCUUUAACUCCUCUCGCUGUCUCCAGGGCAGGGGGAUGGCCAAGGGUACCCACACAGGCUCCAGUCAUGUCUGACACUUGGUGGGGAACACGGGACAUUUCUUGUUCCAAUCCUACUCUGGUCCCCACCUCCACCUUUUCCUCUGAUACCAAGACAGUUCUACUUCCAAUUUCCAUCCUUCUCUCACCUUUGCCCGGAAUGUCUCUGACUCUUCACAGGAUCCCUACAAUGCGGUAAUAGGCCAUUAGACCCAUUGAGACUGCAUUGAUGCUCCAAAGACCAUCCCACCCCACCUAACGUAUCCCAGCAUUUCCCAUGGUUCAUCCACCCUAACCUGCACAUCUUUGGACUGUGGGAGCAUCUGGUGGAAACGCACGCAGACACAAGGAGAACGUGCAAACUCCAUACAUUACCCGAGGCUGGAAUUGGUACUGUGAGGUAGUGGUUCUCACCACUGUGUCAUCAUAGAACAUAGAGCUGUUCGGCACAGGAAAGGGCCCUUCAGCCCAUAAUGUUGGGUCAAACAUGACUUCAAAUUGACAUUACUAUGCUGCCCCUGACAUCACUGUUUCCGUUCUUUUCAUAUACUAGCAAUGGCCUAGUGGUCUUAUCACUGGACUGUUAAUCCAGAGACCCAUAUAUUAUUCUGGGGAACCCAGGUUUGAAUCCCACCACGGCAGAUGUUGGAAUUUAAAUUUAAUAAAAUACCUGGAAUUAAGAAUAUAAUGAUGACCAUGAAUCCAACGUCAAGGGUCAGGAAAAACUCAUCUGGUUCACUAAUGCCCUUUAGGGAAGGAAGCUGCCAUCCUCACCUGGUCUAGCUGACAUGUGACUCCAGACCCACAGCAAUGUGGUUGACUCUCAACUGCCCUCUGGGCAAUAAAUGCUGCUCUGACCUGUGACGCCCUCAUCCCGCGAAUGAAUAAAUAAAAAAACUUUCUGGUGAGAGGUUGUCUGCCAAUAUUCGUUACAAGCCACUGCAUCCCACAGUUCUCUGGAAUAUACCUCCUCACUCUGUGCUACCGGGAAGGAUUCCAUUCUAUUCUCCCAGUUUCUCCAUCUCUAUCACAUCUGUUCUAAUGAUGCGACAUUGAGCUACCUCCAACUCAACUUACUCUUUCUGCAACUGAGGAGGUCCCACUGAAACCCCACAUGGUCAACAAGGUCCUCAGCCAUGUUUUAGCCAACUCCCCCAUUCCUGCCCUCCUUUCCAGAACAACGAUUGGGUUCCCCACAUCCUCACGUUCCACACCAACUCCAAGUCUCCACAUUCAAAGGAUCACCCUCCACCAUUUCCUCCCCCUCCAGCGGGGUCCCCCACCACGGAUGGCCUGCCCUCCCCUUCACUGUCAGCAUUCCACAGGGACCAGUCCCUCCAGGGCUGCCUGGUCCACUCUUCUAUCACUCCAAAUGCUUUCUCACACACCCCUGCAAACACAAAAGGUGGAAACCCUGCCCUUACCCCUCCUCGCUCCUCACUCUUCAAGGCCCCAAACGCACCCUCCAAGUGAAGCAGUGAUUCACUUCUCUAACAAAAACCAAAAGAACUGCGGAUGCUGUAAAUCAGGAACAAAAACAAAGUUGCUGGCAAAGCUCAGAUUCACUUCUCUCUUUAUUUCAGAUAACAAGGUGAAGAGCUAGAUGAACACAGCAGGCCAAGCAGCAUCAAAGGAGCAGGAAGGCUGACAUUUCAGGCCUAGAGGGUCUACACCUUGUUAUCUCAGAUUCUCCAGCAUCGGCAGUUCCUACUCUCUUUAUUUCAAUCUGGUUUACUGUACUCACUGCUCACAAUGUGGUCUCCUUCACACUGGCAGCACCAAAACACAGGCUGGGUGACUAUUUUGUGGAGCACCUCAGCAGUGUCUGUCAGGAUGACCCUGACCUCCCAGUUACUUGCUUUUUCGAUAAAUUCCUGCCCUACCACUUCUGCUUCUGGGCUGACCCCAAUGUUCCAACAAAGCGCAACAUUAACUCAAAGGAAAACACCUCAUUUUCUGUUUGGAAAUUUCAGGAGGUCUCAACUUUGAAUUAAAUAACUUCAGAAACUGACCACAUUACAUUACGUCCAUUUCUCUUGCAUUCUCUCCAUCCUCACAUCCCCACCCCCCUUGUCUCGUCUGUGCCUUGUUUACUUUCCUUUUUAACAGCGAGGACCCACUCUUUCCUUUUCGCACUUUAAUUUACACCUAUUUUACAUCUGCUUUACUAUUCUACCGCUAUUAUCUUUCACUUCCACCAUCUGUAACACCCACCUUGUCUCUCCUCCACCUCUGACAAAAGCAUGAAAAACACAUUUCACAGCCUCUUUUCAGUUCUGAAGAAGCCUUUUUUGUAAAACAGAUUUGAAACACUUUCUUUCUCUGGCAGUAGAGAUAAUAGGAACUGCUGAUGCUGGAGAAUCUGAUACAACAAGGUGUAGAGCUGGAUGAACACAGUAGGCCAAGCAG